UUUAUACAGGAAGAAUGUACAGUCAGUUCUAUACUCAAAAACAAAGUCCAGGAACGGAUCUGCGCUAAAGCGAAAGCCUCUACAGGUAUUCUUAUCUUUGUUGUCUUGAACUCUUCACCAUGGCAUGGACAAAAUACCAACUCCUUCUCGCUGGAAUGAUGCUCAUCACAGGUUCCAUUAACACAUUAUCAGCCAAGUGGGCAGAUAACUUCUCUGCACCAGGAUGCAAAGGAUCUGCAGAACACUCCUUCUCGCACCCUUUCCUUCAGGCGGUGGGCAUGUUUCUUGGGGAACUCAGCUGCCUGGUGCUGUUCCACAUUCUCAUCUGUCAUGACAGAAGGAGCCCAGAACCAAAGAUGAACCCAGGCCAGACCUUUAACCCACUCUUCUUCUUCCCGCCAGCCAUGUGCGACAUGACAGCCACCUCCAUCAUGUAUGUUGCUCUCAACAUGACCAGUGCCUCAAGUUUCCAGAUGCUGCGGGGAGCAGUGAUUGUCUUCACUGGGUUGUUAUCCGUGGCAUUCCUGGGGCGGAAGCUGAUGGCCAGCCAAUGGAUCGGAAUCUUUAUCACCAUCACUGGUCUGCUGGUGGUCGGCCUGGCAGACUUUGUAAGUGGAGAAAAAGAUGAAAAACACAAGCUCAGUGAAGUCAUUACAGGUGACCUCCUUAUUAUAAUGGCACAGAUCAUAGCUGCUGUCCAAAUGGUCCUGGAGGAGAAAUUUGUUUACAAGCAUGACGUCCAUCCUCUGCGGGCCGUGGGCACAGAAGGUUUAUUUGGCUUUGUCAUCCUGUCGCUCCUGCUCAUCCCCAUGUACUACAUUCCCGCGGGUCACUUCGGCAACAACCCCAGGCAGGUCCUGGAAGAUUCCUUGGACGCUUUCUGCCAGAUCGGCAACCAGCCCAUGAUCAUCCUGGCUCUGCUGGGCAACAUCAUCAGCAUUGCCUUCUUCAACUUUGCAGGGAUCAGCGUCACCAAGGAGAUGAGUGCCACCACGCGCAUGGUGCUGGACAGCCUGCGCACUGUGGUCAUCUGGGCAGUGAGCCUGGCUGUGGGCUGGGAGAGGUUUAAUGGGCUGCAGGUCCUGGGCUUCAUAAUUCUGCUUUUAGGUGCCGCUCUGUACAAUGGACUCCACAAGCCUGUGAUGGAAAAGAUCCCCUGCUGCGCUCGGUUCCUGGACCAGAGCUCAGAGGAAGAGGGGCUCCUGUCAGGAAGCACAGCUUCUGUUAAUGAGGACAGCUAAUUUUGUACUUACAGAAAUAUAUUUUUAAAGGUGGUGAGGUGUUUUAUGUCAUUAUUUCAACUGAAGUGUUUUAUGGUUCAUUUUAUUACUAAAUAGUUUUUUUUUUUGUUGAAUAAAACGUCAUAUUACCCACUUACAUAUCAAUUUAAAA